AUGAACGGACAACUCCCGCACAUAGAAAGUAUCGAUGAUUCAGCAGUGCAUGGACCUUACAGAGAUAUAAUUAGGGAUUUAUUAAGAAACUGAUUGGUUCAGGCAAUUGCAAUUGGAUACUAAAACUAUUAUGCUAGUCAUAAGUGGAUCUAACCACUAGCCGUCACCCGCCUAGGCUCCAAAAGGUGUCUCUUUUGGAUAUCCGUCUGAGCCAUCUGUCCAAGAUCAGUUCCCAUAGGCAGAGCCAUCAUCUGUGAGAUGCCCCGAUGGUCUGGAUGAGAGAAGACCAUGUGGUAGGUAAGCCUGCCUCCCCCAUCUGGCACAGGAAAACCUUCAAUGGAGAAAUAAAACUUACCUCAUCGGUAAGGCUUCCCAAGCCUGAAGAUUUGCUUCAAAAAGGGAAAGAGGCCCUGCUUUCAACUCCAUCAAGAUGGGUCCUACUUGCUCUAUAGAAAGUGCGCCUCGGAGUCCAAUUUCCGUCAGCGUAACAUUUUAUUUGCAGUUGGAUGGGCAUUAAUACUCUUACUAAUAUCUGCAAGCAGUUCAAUGCCGCUGGAAAUCCCACUUAUCCCUCUCUUUGUUUACAAUAUCUACGAUCUGAUUCAAAUUUGUUUUAAAAUCAAUAAAGAAAAUUCUCCAAUCCCUCAAAAAUUUUAUAUAAGAGAAAUUAUUGCAGCAAUAGGAGCCUUUCUUUAGCUCCAUCAAAAAUUUAUGAAAAUGUUUUUAUUUUAUGUUUUUAGUUAAAAAAGUCCUCAAUUAAUAUUUAAUAAUAUCAAAUUUUCUACAGAAAAUUAAAAUAAUUAUUUGGCCUUAUGAAAAUUAUAUUAUCAUUUCUUUUCAAGGUGCUUUUAAUAUUUUGUAUUAAUUUUUCAAACUUCAAUAUUGCAAUUGCAGGGAUUCCUCUAUACAUAUCAAAUAUAAUAUCUAUUGGGAUCAGGAACAGCGUUUCUAUAGAGUGCUUAAAUUUGUCAUAUUCAUUGAAAUUCUGCAGUCGAUGGAUGUUUUCUGUAGCAUUUUUAUUUGCCAGUCUAAAACUCAAUGAUCUUAUUAAGUGAAAUUGGCAUUUUGUGUUUUGACCAAUUUAUGCUGCAGAUAUGAUAAUGAUUAUUGCUAUCAUUGGAGGGACUUUUUUGAAUAUAAGCAUUUUCUGCAAAAGUCUCAGGGGUAAAGCUUCUUGUUUAGAUUUAAUUUGCCCUUUUUGGGGUUGGUUUACUAUUUUGGGAUCAGCAGGAAGUUCAUUUCUGAAUUUUUAUAUGCUGGCAGAUGUUUUUGAUGAUGGUGAACUCAGCCAGAUGUCUAUUGCUAUAGGAUUUGGGGUACUUUUUAUUGUAAUCUUUGUUAUUUAUUCAAAAAUUCAUAAGAUUAGAUUAGAUAAAAGUAAAAAGGUCUUCGGGGUUUAUUUCGGAUUCCACCUUAGCCAACUUCAGGCUCCACGCCCUAGGCAUUGGCUUGCACUUUGGCCCUUUUCUGUUGACGUUGCAAUCUCUCGGGACGACACCUAGGUAUCCCCUUGAACAGCUCUUAGAAGUCGGCAUGAUCUAUUCGGGGAUAGGAAAUAGGACGCAACUCCGAAUCCUCCUUCUAGGUUCCAUUACCCUUUGCAUCCAGAAGUGUGGAGUUGGCGUGGGGUAAAACCCCUGUCAUGGUGCCCGACUGGGGACAAAAAUCGAGCCAUAAGUUUCAGGCCCCCCAGCCCCCUUAAACCCAAAACCCCACGAGGGUAUGAGAGAAGGGCGGGUUUGAUAAUUCGUCAUUUUUAUUGUGUAAAAUUCAUUGAAGAUGAUAAAACAGUAAUAAAUAAUAAAACCAUAUUGAUAGAGAAAAUAAAAAAGAAAUAAAUAGGCUAAACUGCUAUUUGAUAAUAUAAGACUUAUACUUUUCUGUUUUUCGAGUAUCUUGUUAAGUGGUUUGACAUGUUUUUCAAUUCAAGAUAUGCUGAAGUCCCUAUUGGGAGUAUAAAUUACAGUGAUUUACAACAUCAAUUAGGUUUCACACAUAGAAUUGCUAUACUCUUUAAAGAUCCUCCCAAAUUUCUUAAAAGAAUUUCUAACACAUUUUAUAGGCCAACAACAGAAACUGAAUCAGCAAGCAUUAAGAGAGCAUCUACAAGUCAAGCAAACAAUGCAGAUAAAGAAAACAGCAUUGAGAUUCAAGUUAAUUCUUUAAUUGCAGAUAUCUUUUUAACUAUAAGCUUCUCUCAGAAUUAAAUAAGCCAAUUUAAUUAUUCUGUAAGAAAUAAAGCAUUAUAAUAACUUAUCAAAAAGCAAUUAAUUAUAAAAUAUUAUAAAUCAGAUGAAGAUGUGAGUAAGAGUAUUGAAGAUAGACUUUGCAUCAUUUGCUGUAUAGAUCCCCCUAAUGCAGUUAUCAUGCAGUGCGGGCAUGCUGGGAUUUGCUUUUCAUGUGGAAGCGAACUAGUAAAGAAAGAAUGCAAAUGCAUGAUAUGCAGAGAACCAAUUGAGCAAGUCCUUGAAAUUAAAGAACAAAGCGAGUCUGAAAACUUAGUUAGUGUAGUAAAUGUAGUACCAAAGCCACCUGAAGAAAACAAAGAAGAUGAUAAUUAA